AGAAAGGAGAAAUGGACUUGGUGGUGAUCCACACUACCAGCCAUUGAUAUCAUCCGAUUCCUCUUCCUUUCCCUCUUCAUCUUCCGUCACUAAACAAAACAAGAGAAGAACAGAGAAGGGAAUCCAUCCAUGAGUAGUAGUUCGUUAAUGGGCCAGCUAGUUUUUCCAUCGGAAAAUGGCCGUAAGCUCUGGGAAGACCAAUCUUUCAUCAAGUGGAACAAGAGAGACCCCCAUGUCACUUUCCGUUCCCAUGAAUCGCUUGAGGGAUCUCUUAAAUACUGGUAUAAACAGAAUAAAGUGAAUUACUUGGUGGCCAAUUCUGCUGUUUGGAACGAUGAUGCUGUGCGUGCAGCUCUUGAGAGUGCUUCCUUUUGGGUCGAUAAUUUGCCUUUCAUUACAUCUUUGUCUGGCUAUUGGAAAUUUUUCUUGGCUUCCAGUCCUAACAAGGUUCCUCAGAACUUUUUUGAUGCUGAAUUUCAGGAUUUUGAAUGGAGUUCUUUGCCUGUUCCCUCAAACUGGCAGGUGCAUGGGUUUGAUACACCGAUAUACACGAAUACAACAUAUCCAUUUCCACUUGAUCCACCUUUUGUCCCGGAGGAAAAUCCUACUGGCUGCUACAGGACAUACUUUCAUAUUCCUGAAGAAUGGAAAGGUCGUCGAAUUUUCUUGCACUUUGAGGCUGUUGAUUCUGCCUUCUUUGCUUGGAUUAAUGGGGUCCUUGUAGGAUAUAGUCAAGAUAGUAGACUACCUGCUGAAUUCGAAAUCACUGAUCACUGUCAUUCUUUUGGUUCGGAGGAUAGUAAGAAUGUUCUAGCUGUUCAAGUACUUAGAUGGAGUGAUGGCUCUUACCUUGAAGAUCAAGAUCAUUGGUGGUUAUCUGGAAUUCACCGUGAUGUGCUUCUUAUAGCCAAGCCACCGGUAUUCAUUGCGGACUACUUUUUCAAAUCAAACUUGGCUGAGGAUUUUUCUUCUGCAGACAUCGAGGUUGAGGUGAAGAUAGAUAAUUCACAGGCAACGCCUAAAGACACUAUUCUUUCCAGAUUCACUAUAGAAGCUUCACUUUAUGAUACUACCGGCUGGUACAAGGGUGAUGGAGAUACUGAUCUAAUUUCUUCUAAUGUGGCUAACAUGAAGCUCAAGACUAAAUCUGGUGCAAGUCCAGGAUUUCAGGGUUAUUGGCUUGGAGGAAAACUAGACAAACCCAAGCUUUGGUCUGCAGAGAAACCUGAUUUGUACACUCUUGUUGUCAUCCUCAAAGACGCUUCUGGCAAUGUGGUUGACUGCGAAUCAUGCCUGGUAGGUAUACGCCAAGUAUCAAAAGCUCCUAAGCAGCUUCUUGUAAAUGGGCAGCCAAUCAUAAUAAGAGGUGUGAAUAGGCAUGAACAUCAUCCACGCUUGGGGAAGACCAACAUAGAGUCCUGCAUGAUUAAGGAUUUAGUCUUAAUGAAACAAUACAACAUCAAUGGUGUGAGAAACAGCCAUUAUCCCCAACACCGCCGUUGGUAUGAGCUAUGUGAUUUAUUUGGCAUGUAUAUGAUAGAUGAAGCCAACAUCGAGACACAUGGUUUUGAUUAUUGUGAUCAUGUGAAGCAUCCUACUUUAGAACCUAGUUGGGCUGCUGCAAUGAUGGACCGAGUCAUAGGCAUGGUGGAGAGAGACAAAAAUCAUGCUUGUAUUAUUUCUUGGUCUUUGGGAAAUGAAUCUGGUUAUGGACCAAAUCAUUCUGCUUUAGCUGGUUGGAUUCGAGGAAAGGAUCCCUCGCGGUUGGUACAUUAUGAAGGAGGUGGUUCAAGAACCCCAUCCACAGAUAUUGUAUGCCCAAUGUACAUGCGGGUUUGGGACAUAGUGAAAAUUGCAAACGAUCCAAAUGAAAACCGUCCGCUGAUAUUAUGCGAGUACUCUCAUGCAAUGGGAAAUAGCUGCGGCAAUAUACAUGAAUAUUGGGAAGCAAUUGAUAGCACAUUUGGUCUCCAAGGUGGUUUUAUAUGGGACUGGGUUGAUCAGGCACUGCUAAAGGACACUGAGCAAAAUGUCAAGCGCUGGGCAUAUGGGGGUGAUUUUGGCGAUGUUCCUAAUGAUUUGAACUUCUGUCUGAACGGCGUGACUUGGCCAGAUCGAACUCCUCAUCCUGCACUGCAUGAAGUAAAGUUUCUCUAUCAACCAAUCAAGAUUUUAUUUAUGGGAGGCACAUUAAAGAUAACAAACACUCAUUUUUUUGUUACAACCCAAGGACUGGAAUUCACUUGGAUUGCUCAUGGGGAUGGAUGUAAACUUGGAUCUGGAAUUUUAUCUCUCCCCUUGAUAGAACCUCAGCAUAGUCAUGAUAUUGAAUGGGAGUCAUCUCCAUGGUAUAAUAUGUGGCUCUUAUCAUCCGCAGAAGAGAUUUUUGUAACGAUAACUGCUAAGCUUUUGGAUUCCACAAUCUGGGUUGAAGCUGGUCAUGUCAUCUCAUCUACACAAGUCCAGCUGCCUGCCAAAGGAAAAAAUACUAAACAUGAGAUUAGGGCUAAUGAUGGUAUCUUUGUAAGUGAAACUCUCGGGAACAUGAUUAAAAUGAGCAAGAAGGAUUUGUGGGAGAUAGUGUUUAAUGUGCAAUCUGGAAUAAUUGAAAGCUGGAAGGUUAAAGGAGUUCUUGUGAUGAGUAAAGGUAUAUUGCCAUGCUUCUGGCGAGCACCAACAGAUAAUGACAAAGGAGGAGAUUCCAAAAGUUAUCUUGCACGGUGGAAGGCUUCUCAACUUGAUACUCUUCAUUAUAUAACUGAAAGCUGUUCUAUACAGAAUGUGUCAGACCAUCUUGUGAAAAUAGCUGUUGUUUUUCUUGGUGUGCCAAGGAAUGAGGAGGGUUCCGCCUCUAAUUUGGGAAACAAAACAGCUUCAAUGAAAAUUGAGGUGGUUUACACAAUCAAUGGCUCUGGUGAUGUCAUUAUGAACUGCAAUGUAACGCCAAAAUCUGAUCUUCCACCUUUGCCUCGUGUGGGAGUUGAGUUCCUUUUGGAAAAAUCAAUUGACCAGGUAAAGUGGUAUGGAAGAGGGCCAUUUGAAUGUUAUCCAGACAGAAAAGCUGCUGCCCACAUUGACAUCUAUGAGAAAAAUGUGGAUGAGAUGUACGUUCCCUACAUUGUUCCAGGGGAAUGUUCUGGCAGGGCUGAUGUUAGAUGGGUGACUUUCCAAAACAUGAAUGGUGUUGGCAUUUAUGCUUCAAUAUAUGAAAACUCUCCACCUAUGCAAAUGAGUGCAAGUUUCUAUUCAACAGCACAACUUGACCUUGCAAAGCAUAAUGAUGAUCUUGUCAAAGGAAACAACAUUGAGGUUCAUCUAGAUCACAAGCACAUGGGGGUGGGUGGAGAUGAUAGUUGGUCGCCGUGUGUUCACGACAAGUAUCUCAUUCCCACUGCUCCUCUUUCCUUUUCAAUCAGGUUCGCUCCCAUAACACCAGCCAUUUCAGGUGUGGAAGUCUACAAAUCCCAGCUUCAGUAGUAGUUAAUUUCAGGAUUACUUGUGUAAAACUGGAGAUAACUUUAUAUUGUGACCACUCGACCAAGAUCAAAUCCCUAGGUCUCAUUUUUUUGAUGCAUUUGAUUUUGGUCAAUAAUAAGAAAGACAUAAUAAGUUAUGCUUUA